UAGAGGGCAGAUAUAUAGCAGGGUCUACAUGAUACCGAGCCAGUCUCUCCAACAUGCCCGUCGACACCAUCCUUGUAGGUUUCUCUGUCAACCGUUCAUGUACUACGAAUAAAGAUGAACGGAAAACGUUACUGGAAAACGUGGAAAGUGUCUUAGGCGAUUACCUUCCGUUAUUGAAGUUUCAGAGAAGUAUGCAAGUUGGUGACAUAUUUGUAUCAGUGUAUACAGCGGAUAGAGACUCUAUAGUGAGUGUCAAAUGUUUCUCGGCGGGUGGUGUGAUUUGUGCUAUCGAGUAUUACAAGGAGGACAACGAGAACCCACUUCUCAAUUUUGAGUGUAUUCGGAAACUUGAGCAAAGUUUAACCAAGAAAUGUCAUGGCAAAAGGAGCAAUGCCUUUCCGGCCAUAGAACUUGGAGCUGUUGUCGACAGAUACUUCACAGCAACAGAUGACCGUAUUUUGGAAUAUGACAUUGACAGUAUUGUAUAUGAAACUACUUCGCCUUAUCAGAGAAUAAGAAUUAUGCAUUCUCGAACACUUGGAAAUUUACUUGUUCUGGAUGAACAUCAGAAUUUGGCUGAAAGUGAUCUGAUAUACACAGAAACAUUAAUGCAGCGAGGGAAGGAAAAUUAUGAAGGAAAAGAGAUAGUGAUUUUGGGUGGAGGAGAUGGAGCUCUUUUAUGGGAACUUUUGAAAGAGAAACCAAAGUUUGUUACUAUGGUAGAGAUUGAUGAGCAGGUGAUGCAGGCAUGUCAGAAACAUCUUCGCUCUUGUUGUGGUAACUGUCUAGAUCAGUAUAAAGGAGAGAACUAUGAGAUUAUUGUUGAUGACUGUGUAAAAGUACUUGAGAAAUUCAUCAAAGAAGGCAAGCAAUUUGACUAUGUGUUUGCUGACCUUACUGACGUACCACUAUCGUCAACACCACAAGGAGAACUGUGGGAUUUCAUCAGGCUAAUUUUAAAUAUCUCAUUCAAAGUUCUAAAACGAACGGGAAAGUACAUGACUCAUGCCAGUGGAGUGUCAUGCCCAAGUGCUCUCAGUAUGUUUGAGUCACAACUUAAACAGCUUCCCGUACCAGUGAAAUUUACACGUGACCAGGCCUUUGUACCAUCAUUUAUGGAACACUGGGUCUUCUACCAGGUGCAGCCAAUAUGCAGAUAGCUUUCAACACAGACCAUUUAUAUAAAUCCUUGGGCAUUCUAUCUGCUACAGCUUGAUCUUAAGUUCAGUGUUAUAAAGCAGUGAAGCAUUCUCCAUUGUGAAAUGGUUUAAGUGAAGUAAUGUAAGUUACAUCACAAGAAACAAAAUAUUUUGUUCAGUAUUAUAGAUGAAGCACAUUUUUGUGUUAAAUUGACUGAUUUUAUGUGAUUAUAAUAAACAGUAAAUACUA